AUGUGUUUCAUCAGCAUCGCAUGCAAGCCUGGAGGUGUGUCGCCAUUCUCAGCGCCCAUCUUCCCCUUCCCUCCCUCCCCCACCGACUGCGUCGAGGCUCAUCGGGUGUGCUCUGUCGACCCCCAGUGCGAGGCGUUGUACCGGGGCUUGGAGCUGUGCGCCGCCGACGCGGCGGUGUCCCCGCUGGGGGAGCAAGCGGCGGCCGAGUGUCUGGAGAGACAGGACGCUCUGCUGUCCAAACACAGCUCUCUGUUGGCAUGCAAGUGCCAGCGUGGCUUCCGCAAAGAGGAGCAGUGUCUACGCAUAUACUGGAGGGUUCGCCUGCUGCCAGAGGACUAUGAGCUGGAAAUAUCUCCUUAUGACAACACGCUAAUGGAUACUCGUAUGGCCUCGUUAGUGGCAGCAUCACCUUCCAAGCAACUAGAUGGUGAGAACCAAUGCUUGAAAGCAGCUCAGGACUGUGGUCUGUAUGAGAAGUGUGGCUCCCUGCGUUCAGAGUACGUCCUGGCCUGCACCAAGCGGGUGCCUCAGACCAACCGAUGCAAUCAACACAAGUGUCACCGAGCCCUGCGACGCUUCCUGGAGCGGGUGCCUGAGGAGUACAGUUUGGGCGUCCUGUUCUGCCCCUGCACUAACACCAUGUGUGGUGAGAGGAGGAGGAAAACCAUCGUACCCUCCUGCUCCUACCAGGAGAUGGAUGGCAUUCAACCCAACUGCCUCCACCAGCAGAGCUUCUGUCGCCGGGACGACCUCUGCAGGUCCAGACUUGCUGAUUUCCUUCAAAACUGCCAGCCGUCUCCUCUGAAGGCCAGCGGCUGUCUGAGAGACUCAGCUGGCCUCUGCCUCCGAGCCUACACCGGACUCAUCGGUACCAUCAUGACCCCCAACUACAUCAGUAACAGCUCUGCAGACGUGUCGCUGUGGUGCAACUGUGAAGGCAGCGGCAACCAGUGGCAGGACUGUCUGAGACUGCAGCACAUGUUCACCCACAACAGCUGUCUGCGUAACUCUAUCAGUUGGAUGGAGAAUCCCGCCUCCCUGCCUGCCGACAUCACCCCCCCUCCCGCUCCCAGACCCUCCCCGCUGGUUCAGGAGGACGAGCUGCUGAGCAACAACCACCUGCCCGAACACAACGACAUCGUGGUGGAGACCGAGGAAGAGGAGGAAUUACAAACGCAGAUGGAGGAGGAGACUGAUGAAGGUGGCCAGUUUGACGUCAUCCCGCAGUACUCGGAGAGGGCUACCAUCUCUAACCUGGGCUCCUCUGUGGCUGGAGGGGCUGCGUCCCUCACCGCUCGCCCCCCUAAACCCAUCCUACUGCUGCUCCUGCUUCUAUCUGCCUGCCUCAGCUGGGGGUAG